AUGGUUAAUUUCGAUCAACUCUUGGAGGAAUCAUUAAAAAUGGGUUCAUUUUAGAAAAAGUCUCUUUUAGUUGUUUCGUUGAUAGAUUUCUCAGAUGGAGUUGAAAAGACAAUAAUUGGUAUAAUGUUAACAAUUUUAUCACAUGAAUGGAAAUUGGAAUAGAGUGAAGUGUCUAAUUUAGCUAGCAUCUAUUUUGUAGGAAUAGUAGGUGGAACAAUGUUUUGUGCAUUCAACACUGAUACUAUAGGAAGAUAGAAAACAUUAAUGCUGAGUAGUAUGAUAGGUUUCGUAUGUAUGUUAUGGAUGAGUUUAGCAUAAACAUAUUUAGAAAUGUUCUUAUUACGUUUAGGAUUUGGUUUUAUUUUUGGAACCACAAUACCUUUGGGACAUAUAGUCAUUACUGAGAUAAUUCCAGCAAAUAUUAGAGGAUCAAUAAUGACAUUUGUAGCAUCGGUAUUUAUAGUUGGUAAGAUUUAUUGUACAUUUUUAUGUAUGGCUUUAUUGUAAGGAUUUGAUGAAGGACAUUGGAGAAUAUUAGUGGCUUUAAAUUCAUUACCUUUACUUUUAUGUUGUAUAGGAUCAAUUAUAUAUUUGAGAGAGUCUCCCAGAUAUUAUUUAGUGAAAUAAUAAUAUCAAUAAGCAUUUGAAGAAAUUGAAUUAAUAGCAUUACAUAAUAACACUUAGAAUUUUUAAUUGACAAAUAAUAUGAAAGAAGGAUUGAUCGAGAAUUCUUAAUUAAUCAUAAAAUCAGAGACUAACUUUAGUUAGUUAUUUAAGGGAAGAUAUGAAGGAUUUACAAUUAGAAUGUGGUUUGUUUUCAUUUUGACAUCCUUUAUAGAAUGUUCUCUAUAUAUUUUAAUGCCUUUUUGGUUACAUUAUCAUAAUAAAGGCUUUGAAAUCAUUUUAUUUAUGAUGAUAUCCGAAUUAUUGGCAAAUAUGUGCAUUUACAAAGUUAUUGACAGUAAGAUUUUUGGAGGUAGAUAGAAAUUAGUUAUUUAUAUUGCAUUGAUAAUAAGUGUGACAUCAUUGAUUACUUAUAUCUAAGGGGAGGAACUAUUAGUUUUUGGAAUGACAACAAUUUCAUUUUUUUUAAAGAUGAUGUUCACAACAGAGAUGGUAAUAAUGAAUGAAAAUUAUACAACUUAAUUUAGAUCUAUGGGAGUUGGUUUAACUUAAACAGUAGGUAAAUUCACAGGAGCAAUAAUUCCAUUUAUAAUAUUUCCAAUAUUUGAGAUAGAUCCCUUCUUGCCAUUUUUAAUAUAUUGUAUAUGCAUGCUCGUCCAAGCAAUUUUUGCUUACUAAUUUCCAUUUGAUAUGACCCAAGUAGAACUUGAUUGUGUUAAAGUAUUUUCUUGA